AUGCUUCCUGCUCCUUCUGAUGCCUUGUGUGCUAGUUUGUGGUCUUUGGAUUCAUCAAUGGGACAAGAGUUGGAGCUGGAUCUUGAUGACAAGUCUUCAGUAGGUCUGAGUCCUAAUACUGUUCUUCCAUCUCAUCAAUACCGUGUGAAUGUGAAGAAAAUAUCCAAGAAAGGAAAACCCACUGGGAAAGAUGAAUUUUUUACUCUCAGGGAGGGCUUUGCUGAGAUUAAAUUUGCUCGCUUCCGCAGUUCUUCGUGUAAGAACCAUCUUUCUAAACUUCAUGGAUUGGAAGGUAAUAUAGAAACCAGGCGCUGUUCCAUGUAUCAGAGUUCAGAGGAAGUGAAAAACAUAAAGAAAAUGGGCACCAUGGUAGAGGGAAGGAAAAAGAUAGAAAUUUCAAGGAGAAGUGACACUUCCUUCACAGGUAGCAUUGUUGAUUCUUUGUGUGGUUCAGAUGAUGAAGGUUCUGGGGUUAGAUCUCCAAAUAGAUUUAUUGAAAUUUGUGUAAAUUCAGAUGUUAGAAAAAAGAACUCUACCACAGUACGAGGGAGAGAUUCUAUAAAUUUGAAGCCCAGAAGUGAUAAAGUUGCUGAUUCUAUAAUGAAUGGCAAUUGUUGUGUUGAAAAGGACACGGUCCACUCGUUUCAAAAGUCAUUCUCGGCUAAGGCGGCAGUCUCUUACUUGCCAUCUCCAUUAGGAAGUGAUUGCUCAUCAAGCGCAAGUCCAGAAGUACAAUUCAUCCAUAGCAGAAAAAGGUUGAAUCAUUUCACAAAGUCAAAAUCACAGAGAAGUCCAGUGAGUCAGAUACGGGGCAGUAAUGAGAUCAAAUCAAAUGAGAAAGCAAACAUUGCAAGAAAUAGGACUUAUCAGAAAUCAUUGCUAAAUGACUUGUCCAAAACAGGAAAGCAUUCUGAUAUUAUUUCUGAGUUUAUCAACAGAGAGAUCCAGUAUUCAGGUAUAGCUUCUUCACCAGUUCACCUGCACGGCAAUCUCAAGUUGGAAAAUAGAAAUGGAGUGCCGUUGUUUGAGUUCAAGGUGAAGUGCCCUGAAGAUGUGUUUGUGGCCAAGACAUGGAGAACAGGUAAUGCUUUCAACUGGGUAUAUACCUUUCAUUCCAUUGAUAAUAGAAAGAAAAGCAAUGCCACUGGAUUGGGAUGCCAUGAUUUUGAUAAAGAUUCCUCAACAGUUGCACAGAUGCUAGUUUCAUGUAAUUUAUGUUCUGAAGUAGAAGGCAGAGUAUUUGACAACUCUAUGGUGACAGAGUUUGUGUUGUAUGAUUUCACACACUCAAGACAAAGUGUUUCGCGUGAGAAAAAGUCUUUCAGUGAACCAGAUGCUUCUAAAACUCUGAAAGCUUCCCAUGUUGGAUGGAAGGAAAAAGCUAUGGGGUUGGAUGAGAACCAUGCAGUAAAAAACAAACUUCAAGACAAAUCUCUAUCAAGCAAUGUUGAAUUUGAUGAUUUAAAUUAUUUUCCUUGCUCGUCCAGAGAAUACCAUUCAAACCUUGAAAUUGCUGCUAUUGUUUUGCAAAUUCCGUUUUCCAAGAGAGAAAGCUUGAAGUACAAAAGAGCAGACAUAAUAAGUGGUAAAGAAUAUUCCAACAUAAGUGAUCUAUCUGCCGAAAUAGAUAGAAAGAGUCUUGGUCACAACAAAAUCCAGGAACAGUUGAAGGUGGUAAUACCAACUGGCAAUCAUGGUUUGCCAAAUGCUGAAAGCCAGGGACCCUCAUCGUUACUUGAUCGACUACGACAUGGUGGAGGCUGUGACUGUGGUGGCUGGGACAUGGCCUGUCCCCUUAUUCUUUUGGGCAAUCCUGGUAUCAAAUUUGCUGAGGACUGCCCACUUAAGGAGGAACAUCAACCGUUAGAACUUUUUGUUCAGGGAUCAAAAGGAAGCAGUCCUACCUUCAGCAUGACAAGAAUUGAAGAGGGGCAUUAUGCUGUUGAUUUUCAUGCACAAUUAUCUGCUUUACAAGCAUUCUCAAUUUGUGUUGCCAUUUUGCAUGGAACUUCAGCCUUCAGCGGUGGAGGACAUGAGAAAAACCAGGAGUUAUCUCAAUGCAAUUCUCUGAAAAUGCUUCUUGAGGAGGAUAUAGAUUUUUUUUUCAAAUCAGUCACAACUGAGAAAAAGACUGGUUGCAAGAAUCCAAAAGGAGUUCGUCGAUCCUAUGUGCCGAACCCGCCCUUUUCUCCUAUUGCACGCGUAUAA